AUGUCAUCUACCACCCACCCAACCUUCAACAACACCCACCAAGCCCCCGAGUACUUCACCUGCAGAAGCCAACUAGGCGCCCGCAAGAAAACGACCACGCAAUGGCUCACCAAAACCCAUGCCUACAGCCAUCCCGACCAGGUCCCGGGUUUCAGAGUAGCCUUCUUCCCAACCAGGAACCCGAAUCCCUCGUCUCGAUGCUUCGAUGUGCUUCAAUCUAAUCCGCAAAGGGAGAUUUGCUCAGAGUAUGAGCAGAAUCUUUGGAUGGGUGAGCAGAUUCGUGUAGCGAAGGAGUGGAAGAGACAUCGGCUUUUGGAUUAUCUGGUCUCUACAAGUACUUCUUCUACGAGAAGCAUGACAGCUUUCAGGGAAGCGAGUCAAGAGCAGGUUGUCACUUCAUUUUCGUUUUCAUUUUCAUUUUCAUUCCCGAUCAGCAAGAAGAAAUGUGAAGCUUGUGCACAUGAGAGACGGGCAAAGUCCGAGAAGACUCUUGCUAUGUUGCAACAAAACUGUCCAAAUGGCUGGCGCGCAGCACCCGGCUGUCCACGAACCCAGUCUAAAUUCAAUCAACGCCGAGAAUUUAUUCAUGGAAAUCCUGAUACGAAACGUUUACUUGAACGUCGCGCCAGAUGUGAGAAGAAUCUUGAGACGUUGGCAGAGCGAUACCCUAAUGGCUGGAAAGUGGCACCUGGCUGUCCCGAGGAUAGACCUGAAGAGUGUACGACAGAUGAGCCAUUGGUGUAUUCAAAGAAUCCUUUUGCCUGUUUGUCUUUGGACGAUGAUGUGUCCGAUGAGGAGGACGAAGAUGAGGAGGAAUUGCCGACCCUUAAGCCGAUGGUGUAUGCACGAAACCGGUUCGCGGUUUUGUUGAUGGAUGAUGAUAUGUCUGGUAAUGGUCAAGAAAUGGAGGAGGAGGACGAUGAUAGAAGUUGGGUCAUUUUAUCAAAUGGAGGUGUUGAUGUUUUCUUCAGAACAAGCCGGGAGGAUAAUGAUGAGGGUUCUGAUAUGAGUUCCAGUAUGACCUCCAGCAUGAACUCCAGUACGAGCCCCAGUAUGAACUCCAGUUUAAACUCCAGCGCGGGUUCCAAUAUGACGGAAUACUCAGCAUCAGAGUAUUCUCUUCCCCAAGACGAGCAUGAGAAAGACGACAACAGACCCGAUCACCCACCAACGACCGUCGACGCUCUUUUGGAAGCUAUCUUACCGCUCCUGGAAAAUAGUGACGACUACGAGAAUGCAUGUCUUGAGGACGAGGACGAGGACGAGGAGGAAGAGCAAUAA